AUGGAACAAAAAACCGCCCCAACUCAAUAUGAAGUAAAAGUACAAUAUAAUAAUUCAAUUUUAAAUUAUGCCAUUGAUCACAGUGACCAACUUACUGAUAUCCAAAAAGAAUUAAUUCAAUUUACCAAAGAAAAUAUUGAAAGACAUAUUAUGUUGACUCAAGCUGAACAAUGUUCAUUCUUUAAACUUUUAAUCCAAGUUUUAAAUGCAAAGAAAACUAUUGAUAUUGGUGUUUUUACAGGUCUUUCAUCAUUAACUGCAGCAUUGGCAAUGGGUGACGAAGGUAGAGUUGUUGCAUGUGAUGUUUCAACCGAAUAUACUCAACAUGCACUUAAAUUCUGGGCUAAAGCAGGUGUUGAUCAUAAAAUCAAUUUAAAGAUUCAACCAGCUUCAAAAACAUUACAAGAAUUAAUUGACCAAGGUGAAGAGAAUACUUAUGAUUUUGUUUUCAUUGAUGCUGAUAAAACUGGAUAUGACACUUAUUAUGAAUUAUCACUUAAAUUAAUUAGAAAAGGUGGAAUCAUUGCCAUUGAUAAUGUUUUACAACAUGGUCGUGUUGCAGAUCCUAAUGCCAAUGUAGAACCAAAUUUAGUUGCAAUUCGUGCACUCAAUGAUAAAAUCUUAGCUGAUAAACGUGUUACUAAAUCAUUACUCCCAAUUGCUGAUGGUAUCACUUUAAUUACUAAAAUUAAUUAA